UCCGCGGCUGGCGGCAGUACGAGCACAGCGUUCGAAUAGUUUGGGCCCACCUGACGUGCACCCGAUACGUAACCGUAGCGAGGAAUCGACGGCACGACAAGUGGUUUUUCGACUUGUUAUUGUUACCGCAUUCGUGUACUCUGUUCCAUCGCCACGACUUGCUCGGCAACGAAACGAUUGUUGUCAGCGAUACAUUGUUGGAAAAAGUCGCCACGGACGGAGCUAUGCGGCGGUGAAGCGUUCACGACCGGAAGUGACCCUCCGAGGGUUGGUGGUGACUCGCGGUCGACCGGAGGCGAAUGAUGCUCAAAUUUGUCACGCACAAACUAAAGACGCACAGCCUUGACGACCAUCGGAGACCCUAUUUAAAGUCUAAAUCUAUUGAUUGCGAUUCUGGCACAGAGUCGGACGACGAACAAAGUCCGGAUAGAAAAUACAAAGUUUCAAAAGAUAGUGUACCUGAUUCUACCCCAUUAAUGGAGAACGUCGAAACUGAAGACAUGGUCGGUGAUAUGGAACCAACUAGGUCUUCAAGUAGUGGCCGCAGUAGUGUUGCUACACCUGGGCCAUCUCCUUAUUUUCUUGAUUCUGCUCUACCCAGCGAUUGUGAUCAACACAGUUCUGAAGAAGAGUUGGAAGUGAUAAAUAGCAAUCCUGAAGCAUUAAUACAAGUGGAAGUACCUACCCCUGAUCCAGACGAGGCAAAUUCUUGUGGUGUGCCUGACAACUCCGCUGUUUCCAUAGCUCGUAAACGUUGUCGGUCUGCCAGCGAAGCCGGCUGUGGUAAUACUAUUGCCGUAAGCUGGUCGGGUUCAUCUGAUGAUGAAGUGCAGGGACUCAUGUCGACAAGACCGACUCCAUUAAAAUUUUGUGCCUCGCCUCCAUCUCAUGUACACAAACCAGGACAAUGUACCGUUUCCGCUUCCCCACCUUUAAAAUUAGUACAUCUGUCACCUAGGCACUCUGUGUCACUUCCUAACACAUCACCACGCAAACGCCACAGGCAAAGGCACCAUCCUACUCGCAACGUACAGAGGCCUUGCUUAGAUUUCGAAAAAAUGCAACAGCUCAAAGCAUUAUCUGCGACGACGUGGAGGCACACUAGUAAAGACCACAGUGGAGAACUUUCAGUGUUUUGUUGGUGAUUCCAUUAAAAAUGUUUCAUUUGUGUAUUUUUCUUCUUAUUAAUUUUUAUUAUUUGUAUCUAGAAAGGCUGUAUCAAAAACUCUUAGAUCCGUUAGUUUGAAAAAACUUACUGUUCUUGGCCAAUUUUUGUUUUGAAUAUAUUUUUUUAUCUUGUUUGUUUUUUUGGUCUUGUGCCACAUGUUUACAAUAUUAUUAUACUGCACUCGUAAUGUGGUAGAGCGGGUCUUACAGGCCUUGUACAACACGAUGAAUGUAAAUAAUAACUGAGCCAGUUUAUGAUGAUAUUUUAUUAAUGUUUUUAUUAUUAUUAUUAUUAUUUAUAUCAUUAUUAUUAUUUAUAUUAUUAUUAUCAUGAACUAUGAUUAUGUUUAUUAAUGUUUUAGCUUCGCGCUUUGCUAGUCUGUAACAUUCACAUAAAAAAGGAAAUUAAUUCUUACGUGUUUGUAUUUAUAUUCCUCAAACAAUUUUUUGUCUCAUUAAAUUAAAUAAAACUAUUUUUUAAUGUAUUUAGUCAUUUAGUACCUAAAACUCAUGUGUUAUUAAAUUUAUAUGUAUGGUUAUAUUUAAUUUAGGCAAUGCCUUAUUUAGAUUUUUAAGUAACAAUUAUUCGAGUGUCAUGUCAUACAUAUUUUUAAGUUCUAAUUCGUAUUGUUAGAAAUAUUUAAAAACAAAUUAUAUCAAUUUUAUUGUUUUUUUUUUAAUACAGCUUGGGUCUCAUAAUAUUAUAACGUAAGGUUAUUAUUUAUUUACUAAUAUGUUAUUUAGCAGAAGUUGUAUAGUAGUUUCCUUGUACUAUCUAUGUAUCUUAUAUUUGUUUUUAUUAACAUUAUAGUUGUGUUUAACACGAAUUGGACGGAUAUCGACAUCAAAAUGAGGGAAAGAGAGAUAAUAUGUUAUAAUAAACAUAAUUUUAUUUUCAGUAAAAUGGUAUCAAAAUAUGUAUUAUAUUGAUGGUUAAUAUAAAACUGAAUAAUUUAAAGAUUAUUAUAUUUGUGUAUGAAUUUCGCGUAUUUUUAUGAAAAUAUAGAAACAAGUGUUCUUGA